CAGAAAUUUUUAUCACUUAAUGAUAAUGUGAUGGUAUAUUGGUUAUUUUGGUUAACCAAUUAACAAAACCGAUUAAACUUUAGUUUGGUUAAUUUGGUUGUUAUAUUAGUUUGGAUGGUUUGGUUAUAAUAUUUUAUUCCAUAGUUAAUAAAAUUUAGGUUUAUUUAGUUUGGUAAUUACCAUGAUAACCAUUUGAACACCGCCAAUAAUACUAAUAGUUUUAAACCUAAAAAUCUUACAUUUGAACCUCUCAAUUAGCACCUAGUUUCAAAAAUAAAAUCUAAGUCACCUUUAAUUUGUAAAAACAUUUUGUUUAUACACGAAUAAUUGUCUCUCGACUGAGGUUUUUUCCUUUAAAAAUACGUGGCAUUAUGUGAUUAGUCAAUCGUGCAAUCAAAGAGGUGAGAUGACUUUUCUUUCAUUAGGACAUACAAAUGUACUUCCCACAAUUGAGACAACAUUGGAUUUUGGACGAUCCAUCCAUUUUUAUACAAGCUUCAUGUCAUUAUUUGUUCCACAUGGUGCACGACUGAACUACAAUUUUUAUUCUCAUUUUUGUAGAUAAUGUUCUUUAGUUCUGGGUCGGAUUUUUGUGGACAAAUUAAUGAUAAUGUAAUGAUUUAUGCUUUUGUUCUCUAUAUUGUAUGGGAUAAUAAUAAUAAUUAACAAGCCACAAAAGAGGUAAGCUUGUUAUAAAAAUUCGGUUAAUUUUUGUUUCUUGUGAGGAAUCCUAUGCAGGUAAAACUACUAUAGUAACGUUUAUCUUAAAAGAAAUUUUCUAAGGGACAUGAGCAAUUUUUCUAAAGAAGUAACAAUUUUCAAGGACUUUUGACAAUUUAAUGUACAACAGUCUAUAUAUUCAAUCAACCUAAAGAUUAGGUGCAUAUAGCUUAUUUCUAAAAUCCUUAGAUUGAUAAGUGUUGAUAAAUUAAAUUAUAAUAUUGAUGAUAUUGAUGUAAUCCUUAGAUUGAUAGGAGUAUGGGAUAAUAAUAGUUAUAAUAUUAGAUAAUUUUCGAUGGGAUCCGGUGAAAUUAGAUAACUGUUACGAAGCAUGUGCUUCCUUCUCUUCUAUGAGGAAUGUACAUAUUAAGACAGAGCUGACUAAAUUAGUGGUUCGAUAUAAGAGUUCACAAUUUUGGUCGCAAAAAGACAUCUUGAUCUAUAACUCAUUAUGCCCGAACCUUCUGAUCAGUCCAACGUAACUGUAACAACUAGCCGUUAAAAUUUUUUGGACCCUAUCUUGCUUUGCUCUGUCGUCUUCAGAAUUCAUGCCACAUGAACGUGGAUCGGCCAACGCGCCCGUCGGUUGACAGAUCCGACCGGCGCGACCGAUCACAUCAGUUUGGUUGGUUGGUUUCUUGUUGUGUUAUUGACUCAGAAAUCACUUUAGGGAUAUAUAAUGAGGAACCACUUACCUAAUAUAGACGGCAUUGUUCUAAUGCCACCGAGCUUUCCCUUCCUCUUGCCACCAUCACCUUCAUGCCGCAGCGCCGGCCGUCGCUGCCGCCGCCGCCGCGGCUCCUCCUCCAUGGACGUGUCGUGAUCCCCGUUCUCCAUUGGCUAAGGCGCUGUUUCUUGCUUGCUUUAGUGGAGAUAAGUGAGUGAGCAGAUUGACGUGAAGAGAUCAUUGGAUGGGAAAGAUAUAAAGGGGAAAGGGCAAAAUUUAGCUGCAACCCAGGUUACAGCGUGUAGCUGCUGCCUGCCCACGUGGCCUUUAUUGAUUGGGUCCAAAUUCCUGAACUGAAGCGAGAAGAAGGUGGGAACGGAACGGAACCGGAAACAAAGUUUCCGUUAUUUCCUUCUCUUUUUUUUUCCAAUUGGGAUAUGGGAUUAAGUUUCAGUAAUGCAGCAUCUACCAAAUUAUAUAGUUUGCGUUACUUUAUUGUUUUACUUUACUUUUAGAUUUAGCUGCACUAUUAUUUACCAGAAGAUAAGUGAUCAUUUGGGACAGUAAUUGUGAAGUUUUAAAAGCAUAAUUCUAAAUGAAUUAAGUCUAGCGGUGAUUACAGAACUUAGUAGAGCACUCGGUCGCAUUUCAUUAAAAAAUUAGAUAAUGUAAAAAAAAAGAUAAUAAUAAUAAUAAUAUUCAUUAGAAGAUCAAUGGUACACGACGAUCUUUUAAUUUAGCAAAGUCAUCAAUCAUGGAGUCUACAUCAAUACCAAUAGCAUACCCUCUUCUAAAUAACAUAGCUAAACAACCAACAAGAAUAUCAUCGCUCAUAUUAUCGUGCAAAUAAGUUUUCACAUGUUUCAUUGCUCAAUAGGUUCUCCCCAUAGUAGUCGUUGAAACGGUCACGAUCAACACUAGACAAAUCAACCGACUAAUCAAUUUGUAUUGUGUGUUCAUCAAUGUUUCAACCAACUUCUCUAGUAAUUUCGGAAGGGAAGAAACCUCAUAUUUUUUAGUCUUUUACAUUUUAGACUUUUAUGUUUCAUUGUUUUAUUUUUUCAAAGGAAAAUCAUUUGGGUUUGAAUAUCUAGGCUAAAAGUAGGUAAUAAUUUGAAUAUGUUCAUAUGAACCAUUUUUCUAAUUACAAAAAAAUUUAUUAUCAAAUAACAUUGAACCGAAUACCUAAAACUGAAAAAUUCAUAAUUAUCAUACUAUCUCUAAAUUUAGAAGAGGGCUAGGACGUGACCCGAGGUGACGACCACCACAUCCGACACUGAUAAAGUCUAGCAAAAUAAAGAAAUCACUCCAGGGGAUUGGUAUACAUUACAAAUAGAAAAUGAACGAAAUCGUAAUAGGUAUUAUGGAUACCCAUAUUAUUAACUAUUGUAUUUGUAUAGGGAAUACCUUUUAAUGGGUAUUUCGGGUAUCCUUAUAAUACAAACGGGUGUUAGCGAAUAAACCCGCCGAUACCCAAUAUUAAAAUUAUUAAUCCCAAGUCUCAUAUCAUAAUAAAUAUUACGAUAUUUGAGCAUCCGUAACUCUAAAAAACAAAACGAAUGUGUAUUCUCAAAUAGCCAUUUUCCGUUGUACAUCCCUAACUUAAUCUCAUAUUUCAAUUGAAAAAAAUAGAAGGAAAUAAGUCAAACAACGGAAACUUGUAAAAGAAUAACGGAAACUUGGAUUCCCGUUCCGUUCCCUGCUUCUUCUCACUUCAAUUUAAUAAAUAAAAGUAGGAAAACUAAUUUGGACCCAAUCAAUAAAGGCCACGUGGGCAGGCAGCAGCUACACGCUGCAACAUGGGUUGCAGCUAAAUUUUGCCCAAGGGGAAAUGGGGUGGCCCCGUGACAUGUAAGGACGAAUUGGGAGAACCAUUUUUGUCGGACUGGAGUGGAGCCCACCGGUUUUUUGAGCGAUCUGGUCUCUCUCUCUCCCCCCGUGACGUCGUAGCUUCCGUCACUCGUGUUUAAACGACGUCGUUGUUCUCACGGGCCUUCACGUUCACGGAUCGGGGGGCCAAGGGUAUGGGCCUUUGGCUCAAACUUACGGGCCCGACUCGAUUCCCCUUCAUGGGUCGGGGUCAAGGUUAUGGGCCUUUGGCAUCGUCCGCCGUCCGGUCACCAGCCAAACGACACCGUUGGGGUUGUCCGGGAGCAGAGCACCUGUCAAGAGAUCAGAGAGACAGAGACCCAAUCCUAUCAAAACUCCCUUCUUCUCUACACAGCUUUUUUCCCUCUACUCUUGACAGUGAUUCUGAAAGCAGCAGAGGAGGCCAAACUCUUGCCUCCUUCCCUCGUCUUCACCAACAGCUUUCUUCGUCCUCCGGCCGGGCGUUCCCACCAUUUCCCGCAUAUGCAGAGUCAUGCAGGGAUUACCUUCGGUUUCGUACCUAAUGCGACGUGUACACCUCCGUUCAGGGAAUGGACAACGCGGUUGAGAGCAUGUACGGGUGCUCCAGUUUCAAAUGCUUGCAGAAUCUCGUCAGAUUUCCAUGGUAAAGGAGGGUUAUUGUCUGGAAUUCAUGAGAAGCAGCUUAAGGUCGGAAGCCAAAGAUUUUCUCAACAAGCUGUAGAUGAGAGCACAUCAGGCGACUGUGUUAGUGGGAAAGAAGACAAUGAUGUGUCUAGAGGGACAUUGAUAUGGAGGGCAAUCAAAUUACCCAUUUAUUCUGUUGCUUUAGUUCCUCUCACGGUUGGUGCUGCUGCUGCCUAUUUGCAGACGGGUGUGUUUUCUGCGAAACACUAUUUCACUCUCUUGAUUUCUUCAGUCCUUAUUAUAACGUGGCUCAAUUUAAGCAACGAUGUAUAUGAUUUUGAUACAGGAGCAGACAAGAACAAGAAAGAAUCAGUUGUUAACUUGCUUGGAAGCCGUUCAGGAGCCUUCAUUGCAGCUUACUUUUGUCUCAUCCUCGGUUUCUUGGGGGUUACAUGGACAUCUGUGAGCUCAGGAAGCAUACGUGCAAACUUGUUCUUGACUUGGGCAAUUAUCUGUGGCUACAUAUACCAGUGCCCUCCUUUCCGGUUAAGUUACCAAGGACUGGGUGAGCCCUUGUGCUUUGCAGCAUUCGGUCCAUUUGCCAGCACUGCUUUUUACUUAUUGCUGCGAACAACAAGUGGGACGCACAAUUUUGAGUUAACUGCAACAGUUCUCUCAGCAUCACUUCUCGUUGGAUUCACGACAACUCUAAUCCUUUUCUGUAGUCACUUUCACCAGAUCGAAGAAGAUAAAGCUGUUGGCAAAAUAUCACCCUUGGUUAGACUGGGCACCAAAAGAGGUGCAAUACUAGUUAAAGGAGCAGUUUUGACUCUGUACUCUCUCUUGGUUGCUUUCGGCAUAAGUGGAGCUCUUCCUUUGACUUGCAUUCUUCUCUCCGCCCUGACCUUGCCAAUGGGGAUUAGGGUGGUCAGAUUUGUUGAAGAAAACCACAAUGACAAGGGUAAAAUUUUUAUGGCAAAAUAUUACUGCGUGAGACUCCAUGCCUUGCUCGGGGUGGCUCUGACAGCAGGCCUAGUGUUGGCUAGGACGGUUACGAAUGGAUAUGUGCCAAAGCAGAUAUUCUCCUGAAUGUUGCUCUAAGCAACACUUACCUUGAGACGGUAACGAUACGAAGCAGGGGUCGGGUUCUGUGGUAAAUAGAGGUGAAUUCUCGACAUUGUCGCAAGAGCAGAAAGACCCUUUGCUGCAGGUGCCUGUGCAGCUGUGAUUGUCCCCAUUUUUAUACUUAACAUGAACCAGUUAGCCUAUAAUUAUCAUUUUACCCACUAAUAUGUCCAGGCUUAAUUUCAUGGGGUAUUCAAGACAAUAUUACAGUUUUCUGGGUGUUAGUGUAGUUCACUUGGCCUAAGGCUUGUUCUUCGAUUCCUUUUUUCAUAAUACAUGCAUCGUAAAGAUCCCACAUCAACAAUCACAACCUCGAAGCAACAUCCCUUUCCAAAGCAAGAAACAAAUAAAGUGAGAAUGAUUUU